CCGCAAGGCCUAAACACAUGCAUUUGUUCUUUCUCCUCUAAGAACUGAUCAUCUUUCAGCUAAGCUUUCAAUCUAGCUUUAGUUAUAGAAAAAAACAGUGGAAUUAAGGGUAUGGCAUUUGCGAAAGAUCUCAACCUUGAUGCCACCGAGCUCCGGCUAGGCUUACCGGGAACCUCCGACGAGUCAGCUAAGAACCAAACGCCGGCAACUCUUCGGAGCAACAACAAAAGAGCCUUGCCUGAAGAAUCUAUGUCUAGUAAUGCCACAGCUUCCAAAAACUGUAACCAAGAAACUGCUCCACUCCCCAAGGCACAAGUGAUAGGGUGGCCACCGAUCAGAUCUUACAGAAAAAACAACUUGCAACCUAAGAAAAGUGAGGGUGAAAUUAGUGGGAUAUAUGUGAAAGUGAGCAUGGAUGGGGCUCCUUAUCUUAGAAAGAUAGAUUUGAAGGUGUUUAAAGGGUACCCAGAAUUGCUUAAGGCCUUGGAAGACAUGUUCAAGUUCAAAGCUGGUGAAUAUUCAGAGAGGGAAGGAUAUAAUGGAUCAGAAUUUGUGCCCACUUAUGAAGAUAAAGAUGGUGAUUGGAUGUUGGUCGGAGAUGUACCAUGGGAGAUGUUCACCAAUUCUUGCAAAAAGCUGAGGAUCAUGAAAGGAUCAGAAGCAAGAGGCUUGGGUUGUGUUGUUUGAAAAAAAGGAAGGAAAAAAAAUAGCCCUUCAGCUUAGGGUAUCCAAAGAAGAAAUUACGAUCCCAUUUUUUUUUUCUUCUUUGUUGAUUAAGCAACAAAGAAGAUUAAUCUUAGGAUGUUGUCCAAGGCAUAACCCAAAAAAUAUAUAUUUUCAUGUAUAGUUUUGGCAUGUUUCUAAUUUCCUUGUGGAAUUUGUACAAAGGAAAACAUAUGAAGUUCAUAACAUGGUUUUCCUUUUUUUUUCUUUUCAUGUAUAUUAUAAAUCAAAUCCUUCUUUU